AACUAGCUGUCCCUAUUCUCCCUUUCUCUCCUCCCUCACCAAUUUCAUACAAACCCUAAAAUGUACAAGAAUAAAUAUUUUUAAAUAAAAACUCAAGGAGCUUGGCCCCUUCUUUCUAGUGCUGCUUUAAGCCCCUCCCCCCCCCUCUCUCUCUCUCUCUCUCUCUCUAAAACUUCACUAACAGAAUCCUCUCUCUACACUCACAUUACAUUAUCCACUCACUCACUCUCUCUCUCUCUCUCUCUCUCUACUUUCUCUUCUGUGUGUUGUGCAGCAGACACCUUCAAUGGCAUUUUGCUGACAGUGAAUAAAUGGCUGGAAAACCAGUCUUCAUCUGCACCACUUAUCUGUGAUACAAUUACAAAUAGCAAGAGAGAAGCUUAAUUGAGGGAAGGAGGUGGGGAAAGCAAAAAGGAGGUAAAGUAGUAGUAGAAGCAGCAGCUUUUGAAAUAAGUGCUUUUAUGGACUGGAACUUGAAAGCAGCUUCUUGGGAUUUGUCUGAACUAGAACAAGAAACCUUUUCCAACAUGGACACUACAGUAGAUGGGUCUAGCAGCCUUGGAGAUCAUAGGGCCUUGAAAGGAAGCAACUUUUCUGUUGAUUUGAAGCUUGGUCAGUUGGGUGGCUAUGGGAAUAAUGAGGUGGUGGAUAUGCUGAAGGAGCCCGUUCCGAGAACUACCUCAUCAUCUUCGUCUGUACCAUCAAAGAGGUCUAGAGCGGCUUACAGCGGAUCUCAGAUGGUUUCCUGCCUCGUUGAUGGAUGCAACUGUGACCUUAGUACUUGUAGGGAUUACCAUCGGCGGCAUAAGGUCUGUGAGUUACAUUCUAAGACUCCUCAGGUCACGAUUAACGGAAACAAGCAGCGAUUUUGCCAGCAGUGUAGCAGCUCCGUUCGGAUGAGUACCCUCUGUUCAAAGCCGCAAUCUGGCAAGGUCAAGUUCCUCACGCUUCGUGCGCUCUUUUGUUGCAGGUUCCAUGCUCUGGAGGAAUUUGAUCAGGGAAAGAGAAGCUGUAGGAAACGUCUUGAUGGACACAACCGGCGGCGAAGGAAGCCUCAGCCAGAACCCUUGUCGCAUCCGGGGAGUUUUAUGUCCAGUUACCAAGGUGAGCUGCAACCUUUCUUUGUGGAGAGCACUUUGUCGAAAUUAAGGCUGUGAAAGCAGACAUUUUAUACAAACAUCCACUUGGUUGAGUGCUUCAUCAACUAUGUCUGGUGGUCAUGCCACAGUUGAUGAUCUAGGGGCCACUAGCAGAUCCAUCUCUUCAAAUCUUUUUAUUUUUUAUUUUUAAGAUUCUUCCAAACUAUUAAUCUUACUGUCAAGUGCUGCUUAAUUUCUCUGCCGUCA